AUGCUUACCGUCAUCAUUACCCUCCUGGCCGGUGCGCUGCUUCUCGCUGCGUGGAUCGCAUCAAACGUGCUGCAACAACUCAACAAGGAGAGUGCAUUCAGCGGGCCCGCCGCCUCCUUUGAGAACCCCAUCAACCUCGACAAGGUACCCACUUCAUCGCUCUUUGAUGAAGCCACCAAGGCCCUGAGCAUCGUCAUUCCCGCGUAUAAUGAGGAGUUCCGGCUGGGGUCAACGCUCGACGAGACCUUCAGCUACCUGCAGCGGCGCCGGGAUCAAAGGGGGCCCUAUUUCACCUACGAGGUCAUUGUGGUCGACGACGGAAGCCAGGAUGCCACUGUGGGGUGUGCGGCCAAGUUCACCCGCAAGCAUGGCGUGGAUGCGCUGCGCACGCUGCGCCUCCCCCAGAAUCGCGGCAAGGGCUACGCCGUCCGGGCAGGAGUGCUGGUCGCGAGAGGGCAAAACAUCCUGCUCAUGGAUGCUGAUGGGGCGACACGCGUGUCUGACCUGGAGCGUCUAGAAAGCGCGGCACAGGACGUCAUGCAGCAAGGUAAGGAGAGCCUGGAGCCGAGCGGGGGCAGUCCUCCCCACCAGGCGUUUGUCCUUGGCUCAAGGGCCUACCUCGAGGAGUCGAGUAAGGCCAAGCGUACGGCGCUGCGCACUUUCCUCAUGCACGGAUUCCACUUCCUGGUGGCUCUGGUGGUGGGAAGGAGCAUCCAGGACACCCAGUGUGGCUUCAAGCUGUUUACCCGGGAUGCCGCAAGGCGCAUCUUCCCCAACCAGCGGCUGCAGCGCUGGUGCUUUGACGUGGAGCUGGUCCACCUGGCCCAGAGUCUCAACGCAAGUGGAUGCACGAUUGGACUGGCAGGGGCCAGAGUUUUAUGUAUACCCAUGGCCGAGGUGCAGGUGACAUGGACGGAGAUUCCAGGGUCAAAGCUGCGAGUCACAUCUGUCAUCUCCAUGGCCCUGGAGCUGGUGCUCGUCAAGGUCGGGUAUGGCACGGGAGCAUGGCCUCUGCAUGGCCACCUGGACCUCCAGCGCUAG